UAUGAAUUUGGAAACGCCGUAUGUUUGUGCUGCAUGGAACAGCAAACUGUCACUUGAAUUACGGAAAUAAUUAGCACUACAAGUUUACUUCGCAACGAGGUGCAUACUUUUUAUAACGGUUUCUGUGCUCGUGCAAGAUAAUAAUUUAGCUGCAGCUAAUUCUGGAAAGGUAGAAUUAGAUUGCUGCACGAUGGAGAAUAACAAGGAAGAUGAGCAAGAGGAUUUCAUUGAAUCGUCGCAGGUGCCAACGCUUCGUUCGAAAAUUCGUGAGAAAAGACCAAACUAUUUGCUUCCAAAAACACCCAUAAGAGAGAAAAGAAAACCACGCAAACGUUUGCGGGACAACAAAACCGUCUCCCAAUGUCUUCGGCAAGUGUGGAAAAAAUCACCAAGCAAACCACCAUCAUCAGCUACUGCGACCAAACAGCCAGCAACAAAUGUUACGGCACCGGAAGAAGAAUACGUCACGUUUGCAAGCCAGCAGCAAGCUCCGAACGGAAAUGGAAUCCAACCGAUGCCGUCCGUUAGUUUGUUCGAUCAGCAGGACAAUGCUUUGGCACGGUACAUUUCCAACCAAACUACCGAAGCCCAGGUGGAGGCCGAAUUAGAAAAGCUGCUAGAUGGAUUUCAGGCAGAGUAUGAACAGAAAUGUGCCGAGAUGGAACGUUCCCCAGUGCAUUAUGGCGAUGUACCACAUACUACAUCUUUGCAAUCGAUAUGUCUGUCCUGUACAAGUAUGGAGCUGGAAGCAAUACCGGUGAAAGAAGGACGCUCGACAGUAUCUCCCCUUCAAGUGAUUAGCGAUUUAAUACCGAACUUUAAUGAAGAGAUACAACGAGUGGAAGAAAUGAUGGAAAAUGAAACUCCUCUAAAGUCAGAUCCAUUGUUGGUACCAGUAUCAGUAUCCAUAGUGAAACCAAUGAAAGAGAUCUCACAGGUUACGGAAACAACCGAAGCAAUCCCCAUAGUUACCGGCAACGCUUGGUUGGAUUUGUCGAAACAGAAUAAUCAGAGCACAGUGGAGAACACAGCACGGGAAUUAACACCCAAAACAGUAGUUGAAGAACGCGCACAGUCCAAUCUGAACCUACUGACCGCACCACAGGUGGAAGAUGUUCUCGAUCUUCGUAUUAAAAACGCUCAAGCGAUCCCUCACACAGUGAAGAACUGUCCCGUCGGCACAACGGAUUGUGGCAUACAGACGAACAUUCGCAGCAAGCGUCGAAAUGUUGCCGUACAACAUCGUUCGGAAGUUUCGCUUGAAUUUACCAAUCGAAAUAUAAUCGUGCUAGCGCAACAGUUCGAAGCUGACCCAAGCAUACUGCGACAGAAGCUGAGACGAAUAGCCAAAACGUCUAACGAAGCUAUAUGGCGUGCGCGCGAUCUUUCCGCCGUAUUUACCAAGGCCGAUCCUUACUAUGCGAAUUUGAAACACUUCUUGUAAACCAUCAUCACGCUUUUCAUGUAAAUGAUCGAAUUCACCUUUAUUCGCCAAGGGGUUCGGUGUGUGCACUAGAAGAAAACGAACUGAGGGGAGAAAGAAUUCGAAAGAAUUCAUCUCCUUAAUAGCUUUCCUACACCAAUAUAUCCCAAUAGACCGGAUUUAAAUAUUGCCACUAGCCACUUUCAAAACCGCGGUUCUCACCUUAGCGUUAUCAUUUUAUCGCCCUUUUUCAGUUAGUUUUUGUUUUGUUUUCUCCCUUCAUUAGCUACGCCAACUUCUCACAUAACUAUAAAUCUUUCAAUACCGAUACUUUAUCCAUUUCUAUCUCUCUAAUCAUGUUAACAAU